AUGGGUGACUGGACGUUCCUUGGAGAAUUUCUAGAAGAGGUUCAGAAACAUUCCACGGUGGUGGGGAAGGUGUGGUUGACUAUGCUCUUCAUUUUUCGAAUGCUGGUAUUAGGGACUGCAGCAGAGUCAUCUUGGGGAGAUGAACAGUCAGACUUUACAUGUGACACUAACCAGCCUGGUUGUGAAAAUGUUUGCUACGAUAAAGCCUUCCCCAUUUCCCACAUCCGAUACUGGGUUCUCCAGAUCAUUUUUGUUUCUACCCCAUCGUUACUUUACAUGGGACAUGCAAUGCACAUGGUUCGAGUAGAGGAGAAAAAGAAACUAAGAGAAGAAGAAAAGUCAAAGGAGAAUAUUACUGGUGACUCCGUCUACCACCAGCAGGAGUACGCACCAGAAAAAUCUGAACCUCCCUACAGGGAUGAGCUGAGUGGUAAAAUCAGAUUAAAAGGAAGCUUAUUAAAUACAUACGUAUGCAGUAUUUUGAUACGUACUGUGAUGGAAAUAGCUUUUAUUGUUGGACAGUACAUGUUGUACGGGAUCUUUUUGAAUACGCUAUAUAUUUGCAAAAGAGCACCAUGUCCACAUCCUGUCAACUGCUUUGUGUCCAGGCCAACAGAGAAAAAUGUCUUUAUAAUUUUUAUGUUUUCAGUGGCAGGCCUGUCUCUAUUACUUAGUAUGGUGGAACUCUAUUACUUGGCUUGGAAAAAGAUAAAGGAUAAGGUUGCUGCCUCUCCCACAAACAAUCCAAACGCCCUUAGGGUAGCGACUGUGGAACCGGAGCACCGAUCUCAAAGUUGCACUCCACCACCAGAUUUUAACCAGUGUUUGAGCAGUGACAAAGACAAAUACAGCCAUCCCUUCAACAAUACUCUGGCAUCCCAGCAAAACACUGCUAAUUUUGCAACUGAAAGGGUCCAAAGCGAAGAAGAUACUGGAGAGGAACAAUUCAUACACAUUAACUACACACAGAAUGCUCCGGUGUCUGUAAAUUCUAUACCACACCAUACACCCAAUGGCUACUGUCACGGCAACCGCCGCUUGAGUAAAACCAGUCGCACAAGCAGCAAAGCUCGGUCAGAUGACUUAUCUGUGUAG